AUGGGUGGUCAGGAUUCUGGAAGUAAAAGGUCAAGUGCCAAGAGCAGUCCUCAUGAAAGUCCCCAAAUAGGUGGCGAGCCAACUGCUGUGGUAGAACAAAGUGAACAAGACAGUCCCCAAAACCUCAACCUCGACAACCAAGGACUCUUACAUGGCGACGCCCUGAUUGAAGCAGGCGGCAGCGAUGAAGACGGCGAAUUCUCCGCCAGCGACUUUGACACCGACGACAUCUCCCUCGCAAGCACCCGCUCUUCAUCCACAUCCAUCAACUCUAGUAUCCUCGAGCACAGUUACCAAAACGGGCGUCGCUACCAUCGUUACCGCCAUGGACGUUACCCUCUACCAAAUGACGAAGCAGAGCAGAAUCGUGAGGAUAUGUUGCAUGCCAUGAUGCUUGAGGCCACAGACGGAAGAUACUUUUACGCCCCUAUUGGAGAUAAUCCGCAAAAGAUAGCGGAUUUAGGAACAGGGACGGGAAUCUGGGCCAUUGAGGUGGCGGAGAAGUAUCCCAGUGCCGAGGUGUUGGGGCUGGAUUUGAGUCCUAUACAGCCGUCCUGGGUACCUCCAAAUGUCAAAUUCAUGGUUGACGACGUUGAAGACGAGUGGCUGAAUGGCGAUGACUUCGACUUUGUCCACCUCCGCAAUAUGAUACCAAUUCUUAAGUCCCCAGUGACACUUCUCAAGCAAAUAUAUGCCAAUACAAAACCUGGCGCGUGGGUAGAACUCCAAGACGUAGACGGCCAAGUCCACACAGACGACUAUAGUAUACCAGACGACUGGCCUCUCAAACGCUUCACCGAACUUCUAGUUCAAUGCUUUGCGCUUUACGGAACAAAUUCCCAUGCUGCAGUUUUUGGGGGUCAGUAUCUCGCCGAAGCAGGGUUUGUCAACAUUCAACACAACUUUAUCAAGCUACCCUAUGGAACAUGGCCAAAAGACAAGGUGAUGCGUUUGGUGGGCAUGUACUAUCGCACUGCUUGUGAAGAAUUCUUUCCUACGAUAGGAGCCCUUCAUUUUCCACAAUUAGGAUGGGAAAAGGCAGAGAUGGAAGUGUUUUUUGCGGAAUGUAGGCAGUCUAUGAGGGAUCCGAAUGUUCAUGCUUACGGUAAAAUGCAUUUCUGGAGUGGCCAGAAGCCAUUGGAUGGGUAA